AUGACCAAAGUGGCCCUUGUCCUGCUGUUUGCUGCCUACGCCUGCGGGUGCGGCACGCCCACCUACGAGCCCGCCGUGAGCCGCGUCGUCAGCGGGGAAGACGCCCGUCCUCACAGCUGGCCCUGGCAGCGACCUCCUCACACCUGUGGAGGAACGGCCCGACUGGUCGUGACUCCACUGCAGGAGAGUAUGCCUGUCAGAUCUCGUACCUACCGCGUGGUGCUGGGGGCGCAUGACCUCAGCCAGGAGGGGGGCGGUGAGCAGAUCAGAGCCGUGGACCACUCGUUCAGUAAUGACAUUGCGAUGAUCAAACUGGCCUCCCCGGCCAUUCUGAACGACAAGGUGCAGCCUUCCUGUUUGCCAGAGAGCGGCGAGGUCGUCCCCAACAACUACCCCUGCUACAUCACCGGCUGGGGCCGACUCUACAGCGGCGGUCCCCCUGCCUCUAAGCUCCAGCAGGCUCUUCUUCCUGUGGUCGGACACAGCGUCUGCAGCAGCGGCAGCUGGUGGGGGAGCAGCGUGAAGACCACCAUGAUCUGCGGCGGUGGCGACAUCCGCUCUGGCUGCCAUGGGGAUUCAGGUGGUCCCCUGAACUGCCGGGGUGGUGAUGGCAUCUGGUACGUGCAGGGUGUGGCCAGCUUCGUCUCCUCCCGAGGAUGCAACACUCCCAUGAGGCCCACAGUGUUCACUCGCACCUCUUCCUUCACCAAGUGGAUCAGUGACACUAUGCUGCAGUACUGACGACCCGGAGGCCUCUUGACUGUCAGUAAAGUCCGUUUCGUCAGUUCCUGUGUCUCGGAUGUCUUUCGGUUUUCACAC